UUUUGGUGGGCUCGAAAAAGAAUAUCUCAGCAACAAAUUGUUUACGUUUAGGCAUACAGUUUUAUGAUAAUUAUAUUAUUUCGGGGUUUUUUUCUCUAUCGUUGAUCCUAAUCUUCGUUCAACACGACCUACUUUGCUCGUCAACGUCGAAGUAUGCAAUUAUAGUUAAAUUCAAUAGUCAAUUAUAAUAUAGUGGUGUUUUAUUAUUUAUCAUCAAGCGGUUUUCGGAACAUAUAACGAGACCAUGACAUCAUCGAAGUACUGUUUGAAAACUCGUAAUAGAAUGAAACUUCCAAACGCUAAGAAAUUGGACAACGAACAGGACCAUGAUUUGUUUCUGUCAAAGUUUACUUCAGCACUUUGUGGUGACAGUUUCAACAGACUCCCGCUUAACUCCACUUUAGGACGACUGCCAUUAUCUGAAUUAGCUCAGGAACUUAAAACAGGGAAAUUGAUAUCAAAAUUUGAAGAUUUUGAUUAUUACACUGAUGGUGAAGAUGAAUCACCAUAUGUGUAUACAUGUUCAUUUGUAUUGGCUAUAAUGUAUUUUGAACGACUUAAAGUAUCAAAUCCUAACUAUUUGAAAUCUAUUAACUCAUCUGAAUUAUUUCUGAUAUCUUUGUUAGUUGCGAGUAAAUAUCUUCAUGAUGAUGGUGAACUAGAUUCUGCAAUAAAUAGUGAAUGGGCUAUCGCUUAUGGUAUUAGUCUAAAAACUAUCAAUCAAAUGGAAAAAGAUUAUUUAUCAGCUAUGAAUUGGGAAUUUUUUAUAAGUGAUGAAGAAUUUACAAAUAGACAUAAAGAAAUAGUUAAUCAACUAUAUGGUGAUAUCAAGAAAUCCAACUGUGUACUAUUGAAAAUGUUCCUAUUAAUCUCAUCAGUUGUACAAAAAAUAAGAAAAUUGUACCGAAGGAAAAUUGUACGCCAAAAAAUGAAACAUAUGAUCGCCAUGUCAACUGUUAUCACUGUGGUUACAGCAACUACUAUGCAACUUAACGCUGGAAAUCAAAAGUUGGUUCAAGAAUUGUAUAAACAAAUUGAGUCUGAUCCAAAUUACCCAACAAUUCCCUCUACACAAACAAAUAACAUAGUAAAAUCAGAAAAUGUUAAAAAUAUUUCUAAAGAAUGGCCUUCAUCUAAAUUACUACAGCUGUUAGACCAUUUGUUACUGAUGAACAUAUGCGUAUCUAACAAUGAUCGUCAAUUAUCAUUUCAAACUACCCUUAGUAAACCAAACAAAUACCAAUUUCGAAAUAUUUCAGAUUUUAAAAGUAUUAUAUUUUUUAAUUAUUUAACAACUAUAAAUUAUACAUAUUGAAGUUGAAGUCUUAUUUACCUUUAUGGGUUUUCAAUUUACUCAUGUAUAUUUUAACUAAUAUUUUGUGUUGUUCAUCAGAUCAUCAGAAAUUCAAAUACAUACAUCUUCUUAACAUUAAUU